AUGGGCCUGGCGCGUGCGCUGGCGCUCGGCUCGGGGAGGGAGACUGGGGCGGUCGGAGAGGCGGUUCCUGGCGCCCCCUCCAGCCUAAACUGUGCGCUGCAGGGGUGGAACUUGAAAGGACAGCCCGGAGACCGUUGGUGUCGCUGCCAGCCUGCUGACACAGGAUUGGCGGGCCAGGCCAGGCCCCGGAAAGAUGGUUUCGGAGGACACCCCCCAGAAGACAGUGGUUCAGAGGUUCAGCCAGGCGUGCAGCUGGGUGGGACCAAAACCCCUGGUAAUGCCGGGGACGCGGGUCAGUGGACCAAACCCAGUGCCCAGCUGAAGCGCCCCCCCCCGGGGGCGGGGCCGGGGCGGGGCUCCGAGUCUGGCCGGCAGAACGGAGCCCUGGGGUCUUCCGAAGCGCGUGGGCCUGAACCCCCCGGCUUAGAUAUUGAAAUUCCCAAGCCUGCCGCAGAGCUGAAUACCGACGUCCGUGUGCCCUCCCCAGACCAGGGCGCGGAGACUCCCGAGCAAGAGAGGGAAGUCCUCGGACCAUAA